AUGCUCCGGCAUGACGUCACCCACCUGAAGGCACAGCUGGCUGCGCGUGACAAGGGUGGCAGUUUGCACCUGAAGAAACACCUGAGGAAGCACCUGAAGCACCUUUCAGGCGUUCUUGUAAAUAACCCUGAAGCAUUGGACAGGAGAAUGGUGACAAAAAGCAGUGAGGAAGAGGAGGGAGGGCGCAGAAGCACAGGCAGCAGCGGGACGAGGCAGGAUGAGAGAAGGAGCGACAGCAGGAGUAGGGGUGAGCGAUUGGGAGAGGAUGGCAGGCAGAGCAAGGGGGUGGAGGAGGAGGAAAGGGCGGAUGGCAUGAGUGAGGAUGGCGUGGAUGAUGUGUAUGGGGCCAGGACAGGCAGUGAAGGUGAAGAGGGGAGUGACGGUGAGGAGGAUGAUGGGAGGGGUGGUGGCAUGGGUGAGAGCGCGCGUGCACUGAUGGCGUUGUGGGAGGCCGGCCCCUCGCUGGGGCUCAGAGAUGUGCGCAGCGCCGCUGUGCAGCGCUACCUUACACUGCUCAGGCGUGCUGUGGGGGCACAGGGGGGAGAAAAUGUGGGGGAAAAGGGGACAGCAGAAGGGAAGGAGGGGGAUGGUAAGGAGAUGAAAGAGGGAGUGCAGCAAGCGAAGAGACAAGCGGGUGCUUUAGAGGAGGAGAGGCAGUUUGAGGCGGAGGAGCGGGCGCGGGCACUGCAGCACGAGGCGAUGCGGUUACAGGCACAGGAGAGGAUGCAGGAGAGGCAAGGGGCCAGCGAGGAGCAGGCAGAGGUGGCUGCGUGGAUGGCGGCAGCACGGGAUGAGCAGCUCCUGGGCGACCGAGCGGAUGAGGACAGUCUCUCCAUGACGAGGAACUCCAUGGCGUCAGAGGGACUUCUGGGUGCAGGGGGAGAGCAGAGGGACAGCACCCUCAGGACUACAGGAGCUCGAUUCCUCACCCUUUCCUAUGCACGCUCUACACCCUCCUCUCAGGUAUCAGGAGCAGACGAGGAGAAUCUUCCCAUGUCGCGGCGAGCCCAGAGGGACAUGUGGGUGCACCAGCUCCCGCGAGACUGCAGCAGCUCGAUCUCUCUCCCACUGCUGUGCACGCUCCACCUCCUGUAUCCCCUGUUUCCCCCAGGUAUCAGGAGCGGGCAACCUCCCCAUGACGCGGCGAGCCCAGAGGGACAUGUGGUUUCUGCAGCACCCACGGGACUGCACUGCGCACACGCGUCUGUCAAGUUCCUGGUGUCAGCAGCAGAUGAGGACAACCUGCCCAUGACCCGACGCGCCCAGAGGGACAUGUGGCUACUGCAGCACCCGCGCGACUGCUUGCACCCGGCUGUGAAGUUCCUGGUGGUGGACGUGCUGAGGACGGUGUCAGGAGGCGAUGAAGACAACCUCCCCAUGACCCGGAGAGCGCAGAGGGACAUCUGGGUGCACCAGCACCCGCGGGACUGCGCGCAUCCCUCUGUCAGGUUCCUGGUGGUGGACGUGCUGAGGACGGUCAAAAAUCGCCCCACCCCCUGCAUACCCCAGGUAUCAGGCGCAGAUGAGGACAACCUGCCCAUGACGCGGCGAGCUCAGAGGGACAUCUGGCUGCUGCAGCACCCGCGGAACUGCUCGCAUCCCUCAGUCAAGUUCCUGGUGGUGGACGUGCUGAGGACGGUCCGCGGGCGCUUCCUGGGCGUGGGCGCGCAGGUGAACUGCAUAUGGGGCCGGCCAUGGAAACACAUGCAUCCAACGGUGGACGUGCAUGGAAGGCUCAUCCGAUGUACAGCAUUCAAUCGCCACCGCUGGUGGUUCGCUCAGGCCGCCACCUACCUCAUGCGCUACCCCUCCCCUCGUCUUUGCCUGCUCCUCAAUCGCGCCCGCCACCGCGCCUUCGGCCCUGCCCUCGCCGCCCGGGCAGCCCGCUUCCUGCCCGCCGAUUGGCCGAAAACCGUCGAGCAGCUGCCCGAAUUCACCUCACGAAACGCCCUGGGCAGCGAGGGGAAAAUCGAGGACAUCUGGCAAGCAGCAAGUGGGGGACUAGGCAGCACAGGGGCACUGCCAGGAGCGGGAGGGUACCGAGGAGCAGGGGGGUAUUUGCCAGAGGGGUUGGUGGCGGUGCAUGUUCGGCAGGGGGACAAGGCGGGCGAGAUGGCGAUCGCUGGGCUGGAAGUGUAUGCGGCAUUGCUGGGAAGGGUGAGACGGCAGUUUCCGUAUGCAGACUCGGUGUGGCUCAGCACUGAGAUGCAGGCAGUGGUAGACGCGGCCAAGCAGUACACGCGCUGGCGCUUCCACGUCACCGACUUCCCCCGGCAGGCCCUGGGCGAGUCCAUGGAUGCAUACGACGCGCGCGUGGGGGAGCAGCGCGCCACCGACAACGCGUACGUGAACCUCCUCAUGUGCGCCGAUGCGCCCUUCUUUGUGGGCACCAUGGGGUCCACUUG